AUGAGAGAAAUACUAUCAAUCCACGUCGGACAGGGAGGAAUACAAAUAGGAAACGCAAACUGGGAGCUCUACUGCCUGGAGCACGGAAUACUGCCAAAUGGACAGGUAGACCCUAACUCAAACAAGUCCAUUGAGUCUGCGUCUUCAUUUUUUUCAGAAACAAGCACGGGAAAUAUGGUCCCCAGAGCACUCAUGGUCGAUCUGGAGCCAGGGGUCAUUGACUCAAUAAAAACCAGCGAGUACAAGGAUCUCUUCCACCCCUCGCAGCUUAUUUCCGGAAAGGAAGACGCAGCUAACAACUACGCAAGAGGACACUACACCAUAGGAAAAGGGAUGAUAGAGCAGACAAUUGAGCAAGUGCGAAGACUCGUGGACAUCUGCGACUCUCCGCAGGGGUUCUUUAUCUUCCACUCCUUUGGAGGAGGCACGGGCUCUGGGCUUGGCACUCUUAUUAUGGAGAGACUCUCGCAGAUAUACGAGAAAAAGAGCAAGCUUGAGUUUGCCAUCUACCCUGCCCCCCAGGUGUCUAACUCUGUGGUGGAGCCGUACAACUCCGUGCUCACCACGCACAUGACCCUCGAGCACGCAGACUGCACCUUUUUAGUGGACAAUGAAGCUAUAUACGAUAUGUGCAAGGGCCUUGGAAUCAACAGGCCAGGGUACGUCGAUCUGAACAGAAUCAUUGCGCAGGUGGCCAGCUCCAUCACAGCAUCGCUUCGGUUCCCAGGCUCUCUGAACGUAGACCUGGCUGAGUUCCAGACCAAUCUUGUGCCGUACCCAAGGAUACACUUCCCGCUGAUUGCAUACUCUCCCAUGGUCUCAGCCGUCAACGCAGCUCACGAGCAGCUCAGCGUCACUGAGAUCACAACAGCGUGCUUUGAGCCCCAGAACCAGCUGGUGAAGUGCGAUACGAGGCAAGGGAAGUACAUUGCGUGCUGUCUUCUGUUCAGAGGAGACAUCAACACAAAAGAUGUUAACAUUGCCACAAGCAUUGUGAAGAGCAAGAAGGGAGGAAGAUUCGUUGAGUGGUGCCCCACAGGAUUCAAGAUAGGAAUAAACAAUGAGCCUCCCACAUCCCUCCCAGGCGGAGCACUGCCCCCGCUGAAGAGAGCUGUCUGUGCGCUCAGCAACACAACAGCUAUCGUGGAGGCAUGGAAGAGACUCAACACCAAGUUCGAUCUUAUGUACGGAAAGAGAGCAUUUGUGCACUGGUACGUAGGCGAGGGCAUGGAGGAAGGAGAGUUCAGCGAGGCAAGGGAAGAUCUUGCCACUCUGGAGGCAGACUACUACGAUCUCUCUGGCGAAAUGAUACUUGGAUAA